AUGAUUACCGCAGAGAAAAAGAAAGGGAGAGAGUAUGAGCGACUCGUUUCAGAUGAAGCCGAAGAUAUAUACCCAGAGCUUAUCCAGAGUCAGAGACGCUGGGGAGCCAGAAGAGUGAUGGAGAUCACUGUCUACACGGCCGUGAUAUCUAUCAUUGCGCUCACCCUGGGCCUGUUCAUUGGGACCAGCUGGCCGUCCUCUCGACACAUCGGCCUGGACGGAUAUCUAGGUGAGGAAUACACCUACCUCUCAGUCGAAUAUUGGCCUAGUGGCCAUGCUGAUAGUUACUCAUCUAUUAACUAUUGGCAGUCCCCUCAGGCACAGUUCAGGGGCCAUGGCAUCGCAACCACACAUUCACGCAGAUUCCCACCAAGGAGUCAGAGGAAGCAUGGAACAGCCUGA